ACACCGUCACGCUUCGGCCAACGACUCUGAUCUUCGUGCAGGGUCCUCAGCCAUCGCAGCUGAGAUGAGUUCCCCUUUGCAGCAAAUUUGACGCUUUUGCCGGUGGUUAGCUUGGCGAACCUACCCCAGGACGACUUCUCGGCUACGGUUGCCUGCUCGAUCGGGAAAGGGCAUAUGCCUUGGUCGUGAGGCUUCAACUUGGUCGUGAAGACGGCCGCUGUGACAGUCAUAAGUGUGCCAUGGACGCGUAUGCGCAAUACCUUCUUGCUCAUUCUGCGGAUAUACUGACUUGCUCACUUGCCAACCUCGUUCUCACCUUGCACAUCAAUACUAUAAAGACGCCUUGUACAUCUGCCCGUUUCUCAACAGCUACUUUACUCCAGUUCUGCACCUCGAGAAGAGACUACAUAGACUCAGUCACCCACUGCAAGAAGUCUAUCAUCACAUAUUCACUCAGACAUAUUUCAUCGUCACACUACACUCGACUACCGCCCAACUUGCACACUCUGGAGCCCAACCACAGCCAAGCUUCUAAGAUAUAUCCGCCACCGUACAUCAUGUCUCGCAACACCUAUCCCUACGCCGUCAAGCUCCCGUUCCGUCGCUCACUCGCUUGCAUCGGCAUCCCGAAUCAUCGCGACGCGCUUGCCGUUUACUUCCACUGGGUGCGACAGCGUUAUUAUCGCGCACAAGAUGUGAUGGGUGAUGAGCUAGCCUCGUCUGUGAGAUCAGUAGCCAGUUCAUGCGAUGCAUCAUCACGCAGGGAUGACUACGAUCUUGCGGAGCCUCGGUUGAGGGUUCAGAGCGAUACUGAGAGGUUCAGAGUUGACCUCUUGGGCAUCGGUGCGGGUUUCGAAGGCGACGCCGUCGCGCUAGCAUACCCUAGCGAGAUCGAUGUGAGGGGCUGAGGGCACAGCCCUGGAGGCUUGGGAAGCAAAAUGAGGGGCGCCGACGGGCGCGCACAUGGG